CUCGCACCAAUCCACAUCCACCUUCAUGCCUAAAGUUAAAAAAAUCGUACAACCACCUGAUGUCCAACAGUCAUUGGGCGGGCAUCAGCAAGCUGGAUCGUUCGUCGGUAUCGAGGCCGUCGAAUUGCCUCGGGCUGUUGUUAUGAAGCUUGCGAAAUCGACAGGUCCUGGUAACAUGAAAUUAGCAAAAGAAGUUCCGGUCGCGCUUACUAAAGCCAGCACCGUUUUCAUUAACUACCUUGUGGCGAUUGCGCAUGAUAUCGCAGCGGCGCGGUCCGAGAAAUCACUCAACGCGCGACACGUUCUAGAGGCUUGUAAGGAGCUCCAAUGGGCCGACGGUGAUGAGCUUCAAAAGACUCUAAAGGUAGAACUAGAAGCUUUCCGAAAAUUGAAUGCAGCUAAGAAAGUGCAGAAAUCUAACAAACCGGAUGCCGAGACAACUUGAUUCAGAAGCAUCAUUGGGGAGUCCAUUAAAACUAGUACGACUUGCAGGAGACCAUGCUACUCACAGAGUGUAGGGAGCAGUCUACCUCCAUCUCUCCCAGUGAUUUGAGUCAAUCUCACAGCUCGCUACGCUUUUGAAAUGACAUGCAUGUUGCCAUCAAGCCAGCAUCACCAUGUACAGCCUACAAAGAGUUAACCAGGGCCAAGUGUCACUACCAACAUUAUUCAAACAUGACGUGUAUCCAUUUAAACUAACACACAAAUGUAUUAAUUUUAAAUUCAUUUAAGUAGUCUUCAUAUCUUGUCUUGUAUAGAAGGUACAACUCAACUCCGGCUUUGAUUUGAACUCUACUCCUUAGAAUUUUUUGUGUAAGAUUGCACAACUUCCACGAAAUUUCAGAUUGGUUGCGAUGAUUGUUGGAG